GAGCAGAUACUCAGACACAGGAGUCCACAGAGCGGAGACACAGAGGGAGGAACAUCAGAAACAAAUACUGAUACGAUAUGUCCGUAAACUCUUCCUCCUCCUCCAAUGACUCCCUUCUUCAUCCUCACCAUUCCUCCACCAACUCCAACCUCCCUUUUGGCAUGCAUUGCCUCACCACCAGACCAGGCUCCUUAAUCUCCACCUCGUACUUCAUCACAAACAUCCUCCUCCUCCUCCCUCUCUGCACCUUCAUCCUCUACCUGCGUCUUCAACGGUGGCGGCAACAGCGCUCCACCUCCACAGCAGCAAUGACGAGUCAUUCAGACGCCUUCACCUACCACAUGGUCAUCAUUGAGCUGAUUGGCAUCUUAAGCUUCUUCCUCAGCUGUUGUGGUAUCUACAGUGAUCAUAUCGGUGUAUUAAUGGCAGGGCACUGUCUUUGGACCUUCAUCUGGUUUGGACAGAUGUUCUUUCACACUCUGACCUGUGUGGAGCGCUACCUGGCUGUUGUUUAUCCCAUCACCUAUUUGAGCUUGAAAAGAGAGAGAGGGAUCAGAAUCAGAAAUAUCAGCAUUGGGUGUGUUUGGCUUCUUUGCUUUGGAGGAACAAGUCUGAUAACUUUAGAAAACGCCUCCUUGAUUGCGGAUUUGUGCGUCCUAUCCUUGUCCUUCUUUGUCAUCUCCUUGUGCAACGUUUCUGUUCUCUGCAUCCUCAUUCGUCCAGGGCCAGGUAAACAGGGAGGGGACAGGGAGAGAGUUGACAAAUCAAAGCAGAGGGCUUUCUACACCAUGCUGGCCAUACUGGGAGCUCUGUUGUUGAGGUGUAUUUGGAAUGUGGUUUGGUUUGCUUUUUAUAUCAUGACAGAAAAUGGUGAGUGCGUGUUGAUGACGUCUGGAUUGUGGUUUAAUCUGCCCUGCAGUCUGGUGUUACCUCUGCUGUUUCUUCACAGAGCAAGAAUGUUAGUGUGUUGUAAGAACAACACCAAAUGAGGAUAAAGACAAGAUUCAGUUUUCAUUAAAAGAAAUCAGUUCAGCUACAAGAAAAUAUAAACAUGGAGAAGAAAACAAAACUAUACCGUAAGAUUACAAAAUGAUGAUAAGAUUGCAAAUGGCUGCCCAAAGUGACUUAUUUGGCCUCUUUGGGGCAAAAUAUCUUAAAAACAAUAUUACUGUCUUGUAGCUGGUUUGCAGAAGGCAGUUGCCUUAACACCUAACCCUGAUUAAACCACUAAGAGUAGAGCUGCAUUGGUGGGUGAUAUGGGUCAUUUUUAUUAUAAUAUUUAUCAUAAUAUACAAUUUUCUAGUGAUGCCUUAAUAUUAGAGUAGAUGAACAAAGUAAUAACAGUUCAGAGCCUUGCUACCAGCUCUGUGAGGCUGUAAAUGCUAACACCGGCAUGGCAACAUGGAAAUGAUAAUGCUAACAACGUUUAGCAUGUUCACCAUUUUAGUUAAGGUUGUUGGCUAUUUGCUAACUGUCACAAAAAAAGCUCUGAGGCUGAUUUAUUUAUUUUUUUAAAUGAAGAAAUAAUGAAAGUGAAAUUUUGACUGGAUGACUAAAUUUGAUUAUUCUAAUUUCUUGAUGCAGAUUAAGCGUACCACUAAUCGUGUAGUGUGACUGUGAAAGCAAAGAAACGUGUCCAUGCAUUAUUAAAUCCUCUCUUUGUUCAGAGACUUUACCUGUUUUUGGAAUCUUUUUAAGUUUGCAUUUUAUCUUCUUCUGUAGUUUAGUUAUUGAUAAGCAGUGACAAUCCCACGAAAGAAUAAAACAUGAUUCUAUAGAUUUUUACGCCUUUAGUGUGUUUUCUCUUUAAUUAGUUCAAGUUGCUGCAUCAGCUUCCUGUAAAAAACACAUUGUUAUGUAAAUGUCAGAUUUCAUGUAAUUGAUUCUUCACUGAACAAUCAUGAUUAAAGAAUUAUGAAAUGUU